AUGAAAGGAAGAAGUGCGAUUCGGGGAUGUAGUGGGAAGAAGAAGAAGGUGAGUGGGUUAAUGUCGCUGCCAGAUGAUGUGUUUGUGGACUGCCUGGCUCAGUUGUCGCGAUUGGACCUCGUGGCCUUAUCAAUGGUCUCCAGGAGACACCGGUAUCUCGCAGGGUCCCGUAAACUCUGGUCCAUGAGGUAUCGGAUGGAUAGGGUGGAGCCAUAUGUGUAUGUAUUUAUGCACAUGUAUCCAGAUCCAAACCCACGGUGGUUCGUCUUCCACCCCGUGCAACGUCGGCUGAAACGGAUCCAUCCGAGCUUGUGUCCUGCUGCUCCACUAGAAGGAUCCUGUUUCGUGAGGACGGAAUCGGGGAUCUAUACUAUCGGUGGACUCGUGGACGGCAAACCCACAUCGGAAGUCACGUUUUUGGAUUGUAUCGAUCACACAGUGCACCGAGUUGCGCCCAUGAAGAUGGCUCGAAGCGGAGCAUCGGCAUGCUUCAUAGAGGACGGGGAGAAUAAAAAGAUAUAUGUGUUUGGAGGGUGCUGGGAUGCUGCUGAUUCCUCCUCAAACUGGGUAGAGGUAUAUGAUAUCGAUACGGAAACUUGGGAGUUGUUGUCUGUGUCUAUCCCCAAGAUGCCCCUCAAAAUCAAAGAAAUUAUGGUGAUCGAUGAGAAGCAUGUCUACACGGUUGAUGAGGAUGGUGAAAUCUUCUUUUUCUUAACUAGUGAAUGUAAGUUUUGGACAGCCGGAGAAAAAGAAUCUGACCCGGAAAAUAAAAACGAUUGGCGUUUGUUUGAUCAGACAUUUUUCUGCCGUGGUGUCGGCGGGAGAAUACUGUGGCGUUCUCUAUCUUACUUGGAUUGGAAGGAAGUCAAAGGUUUGGAAGAGCUGCAGCAGAAACACAUCAUCACAAUCUGCGGCUUCUCUGUUGAGAGGAUGGCCAUCUUCUGGUCCCAAGGUCCUGCUUAUCAGACUUUGGAGCUUUGCUUUGCUGAGAUUUCCCUCAAUGUACGCUGGGAAGGUGAGGAAUUGGAGGUUUGGGGGAACAUUGAGUGGUCCGGUGCUGUCUUCUCAGACUCAUCAUGUACUGCCUUUAACUUAUUAUAUGCUCAUUCUCUCUAUGUCUGA